UCAGAUCCAGGGGUUUCCUUCCCACGGCACCAAGGGCUUUCCAUCCUACACGCAGGAUACAAGACGAGUUCCCACGCAUUUGUGGAGGUCCGCUGUGCCUCCAGCAACAGACUGCUCCUACAGGCAAGCAAAUAAAUAAAUAAAUAAAUAAAUAAAAGCACGGGUUUUGGUGACAGGCACCAUGCGCAAUGACUGACUCCGUGGUCCGACCCAAGCGCCGCGCAGAAAUUUAGUCCGCAUCACUCCCUGACAGCUCCCUGAUAAAGAGCAGAGAGCGGAGAGGAGAGAGGAAGACGGGGCUGGAUUCUCAGAUCACCACGGGACUCGAGUCGAAGCUGUAGGCCGGCCAACACUCUCCUGUCUGAGGAUCUCAGGCUGUUUCAUAAUACAUAUUCUGAGUUACCGCCAGGCCAGAUGACCGUGAGAGUGCAGCAUGACGGACACGGUGAUGAGUAGCGGCUCAGAUCGCUGGGUGUCAAACGACAGGCAGAGGAACAUGCAUGCCAGUGAUAAGGAGCAGGGCAACUGGACCAUGCAGCCAGGCCCUGGUCCUGGUCCAGACCUGACAGAUGAGGAGAAAGAGAUUAUAAACAGUGUGAUCGCCCGUGCUGAGAAAAUGGAGGCCAUGGAGCAGGAGAGGAUUGGGCGCUUGAUAAACCGCCUGGACGACAUGAAGAAGACUGUGUGCGGGGAUGGGAUGUCCCGCUGUUUGCUGUGUGGGGAGCAGCUGGGUUCACCUGGGGUCAGCUCAGUGGUGUGUGAGGACUGCAAAAAGAACAUGUGUUCCAAGUGUGGUACGCAGUGUAGCAGUCGGCCACGCGCCGUGUGGCUAUGCAAGAUCUGCAGAGAACAGCGAGAGGUGUGGAAGAGGUCUGGUGCCUGGUUCUUCAAAGGUUUUCCCAAGCAUUUCCUGCCAUCGCCCAUGCCAUUAACUAAACCAAAAGAGACAGGUGCCCAGAAUGCUGCAGCCGAGCCCCAGGGGCCACCUGCCUCCAAGCCCAAGGAGGCAGUAACCCAACCACCAGCACCACCAGCCCCGGAGCCACAGGGCCGUGCUGGUUACCCACCUGUGGCCCCCAAACCGUCAGCUGUUCGCAUGGCCACGGGCGGGGCUGGCCCUGAAGAGGCAGGGCAGGGCAGCCCAGUGGUGAUGAAGAAGAUGGUGGCUGUACAGAGCUCCAGACCACAGCCUGCUGCAUCAGCCACUCUGGCCCAGCAGGGUUCAGUCACAGGAGAUGGAGGGGCUUAUUCCUCUGGAGCAGUUCCUCCAGAGCAGAGAGCGCCCCCUGCAGUAAGAGAGGAGCGGAGGCAGCCCGCUGCCUACGGUGCUCCUCCCGUCCGACAGCAACCUCCCCCAGCUGAGGAGGAGGAGGAGGCCAACGACUAUGACUCUGAUGAAGCCACCACUCUGGGCUCUUUAGAGUUCAGUCUGCUUUAUGAACAGGAAAGCAACAGCCUCCACUGUAGCAUCCUCAAAGCAAAGGGGCUGAAACCCAUGGACUCAAACGGGCUGGCAGAUCCUUAUGUCAAACUUCAUCUGCUUCCAGGGGCUAGUAAGUCUAACAAGCUGCGCACAAAGACCCUGAGAAACACCCGCAACCCCGCAUGGAAUGAGACUCUCACCUACCACGGACUGACAGAUGAGGACAUGCAGCGUAAGACCCUCAGACUGUCUGUCUGUGAUGAAGACAAGUUUGGACACAAUGAGUUCAUUGGGGAAACUCGGGUGGCCUUGAAGAAACUGAAGAUGAACCAGAAGAAAAACUUCAACGUGUGCCUUGAGAGGGUCGUCCCUACGAAGAGAACUGCAACAGCCGGCGGAGCCAGAGGCAUCGCUCUCUAUGAAGAUGAGCCGGGGAAAGAUGGCACCGAGGUAGAGGAGCGCGGUCGGAUUCUGAUUUCGCUCAUGUACAGCUCCCAGACCAGCCGCCUCAUCGUGGGUGUCGUGCGCUGCGUUCACCUGGCUGCCAUGGAUGCUAAUGGCUACUCUGACCCGUAUGUCAAAAUAUGUCUGAAACCUGACAUGGGGAAGAAGGGCAAGUGCAAAACACAAAUUAAGAAGAGGACUUUAAACCCAGAGUUUAAUGAGGAGUUCAGCUACGACAUUAAACACAGUGAACUGGCCAAGAAGACUUUAGAUAUCUCUGUGUGGGAUUAUGACAUCGGCAAGUCCAAUGACUACAUCGGUGGAUGCCAGCUGGGUAUCACUGCCAAAGGAGAGAGGCUGAAGCACUGGUACGAGUGUCUGAAGAACAAGGACAAGAAGAUUGAGCGCUGGCACACUUUGUAUAUCGAGAAUCACAUCGCUAGUGAUUAACCCCCGGCCUCCAUCUCCUCAUACAGCAUGAGCUAAUAGCCUCCCUCCCAACUUGGUUUGCAUUCAUCCUCUGUUGUACUUUUAAUUUUCCAUUUUUAUUGUCUAACCACCUCUUUGAGCUCACCGAUCCCCCUGACGUAGUAUAUCUCUUCUUUCCUGUUGUCUUAUUAACAAUUUCUCUGCCUGUGCUGAUACUUAAUCUGCCUCUGGGACAAGUCAUGGCAUAAAUGAAUUUGAGAUUUCACUGAUGUGAACCUAACACACCUGUCAGCCAGCUGCUGCACAAGGACCACCAUGCCUGUCGGUCAUGUUAUGUAGUGUGCUGAACUUGCCUCAUUCUUUGCUUAGGAAAAUGAAGUUUGAAUUGCACUGGCACAGGACAAGAAAAGCAAUAUGUUAACGGCAUGUGAGGUCAAAACCAUCAUUCAGAGUCAGAAAAUCCUCAGCUGAGCUCAUGCCUGAGAUUUAUUAGACUGUCACUGCAUUCAUUUUUUUAAUAUUACAUCAUGCUGUAGUGCAACACUUGAACUGUAUAAGCAUGCCAAGCCACAGACAUAAGAGAACACGCCGCUGCACCUCCAAAUCCUUCAGCUGUGCCCACUGUCCUGAACAUAUUGUACACGUCCAUGAGGAAAUGUUUACAUACUGACACAUUGCUCAGGUUAGUAUAGACAUCUGACAGACAGAUGAUUCAUAAGUAAGUGGACCAUGAGCUAGAUGGAUCUCAGUUGCUGUUAAUUUGUGAUCUGAAGCGAUAGCACACCUAGUUAAACAUUAGGAGUUUUUAUGUAUGGUUGGUCAAGCUGUGAAUUUUGUUUCGUUGCGAGUAUAAACUGUGAUUAGAGAAACGGAAGAGCGAACACAUUCUUUUCUUUCUUAGUUAAGGUGAGAAUUGGCAGGAUUUAAACAAAAAAAAAAAAGAUAAACGGAUUUUCCUCCUGCUACCUCUACUCUUGUGAAGCUCGCAGUUCACUCUGACACCUCAGAGGUUUUCUACUGUAGUGUUUACACUGAAUGCACACAGGCAGGUUUCCCCUAACAAAAUUUGUCUGCUCCACUUAACAAGGAGGGAAGGUGGAACAGCUUAUGUCAUAAGUAUGUGCAGCUUUACCUGCAUGCACUGUGUUCGUGACUCUGGUGUGCCUGGGGGCAGUCGUGGCCUGCUUUUACCCCAGUGCACCCUUUGCACAAAGCAGGACUCUUUCCCCCUCUGCCGCACCCAAAUCAUUCAAGGCUUUAGUGUGUGUUUGUUCAUGGAUCACAGCAAACAAGGGAAAGCACACCUCACAAAGUGGAAUGACCUCAGUUUAUACGGCUGUUUGCAAGUUAUUCCAAUGUCAAAAACAAAGAGGAAAACAAAAAAUCCUAUGCAUGAAAUGUCUUGUGGUUCAAGAUAUAUAUAUAUAUAUACUUUGUAAGAAAUUAAUGCUAUUGUAAUUCCAUUAAUGUUUACACUUCUUCCCCAUAACAUUCCUGUUAAUACUUUACAAGAGGCCAUACUCUGCAUGACUAUGGUAGCUAUGGUGUAAUCUGAAUAGCAUCUGCAGGAUAGACUGAAAAUCAACUGAGCACAUCAACAAAAGAUCACUGAACCUUAUCAGUAGCACACACACUGAGGCGACUCUUACUCUCCGAAUGAGACUUUGUGUACAUACACGUUCAGAUCUUUUCAGUGUCUUGUUUUUUUCUCUGCACAGCCACUGUGGCAGUGAUUCAAACACCCACCGGUAGCAUCACACACGCUGUCCUACGGUUCGCUACUUCAGCUGCAGAGAUCAUCAGAAGAUGAUAACAAAUUAUAAUCAAUAUUUGUGUAUAUAUUUUUGUUUAACCACAGGCUUCUCUCUGAGCUACACGCAUAGCUGUCCUCUAUCUGCCAGUUCAGUGGAAUGCUUCUUGGUUUAUCUCUGUAUUUGUACAUAGAUAGUGCAUGCACUGGAUAUGUAUGUUUGCAAAUAACUUUGCAUGUAAAGAUUUUGCAGAGAGUUUACACAGAUCAAUAAAAUCUAAUGAAAACUGA